AUGGCACGACUAAACAGUAUUGUCUUCAUCUUUACAUUGGCAGUUUGCAUUACCGUGACAACAUGCGCACCUUUGAAGAAGAUCCAUCUGGAAGAAAUGUCUACCAUUUUCCUGCCUUAUGCUUAUAUUGAUGGAGUCGGACAAUAUAAGUAUAACUCCGGUUCAGCCACUCAGUCAGCUUACGACCCUAAUCAACAUGUUGUCUACGUCAUUGGCGGUAAUCUACUACAUGCUUACGAUAUCAGCGAUCCUUCCAAUCCGACGAUGAUCUUAAAGACGAUGAUUAUGGAUGUUGAACUGUUGGACGUGGAGUUCUGUGGUAACCACCUGCUUGUUUCGAUGGAUAAUCUUUUGAACAAAGAGAACGGAAUGGUGAAGGUUUACAGACGUUACGAUAAAAUGAAACAAACUCUGGAUGUAGUCCACACCAUCACAGUUGGAUCCCUGCCUGACAUGAUUCUGCCCACAUCAGACUGCCAAACAAUCGUCGUAGCUGUUGAAGCCGAAGCAUACUACAAUGGAACUCAUUUCGUCGAUCCGGAGGGUGCAGUGGGUUUGAUCAACUUCCAGCCACUCCAAGGUGCAGAGAGUAAAUUUAGUUACACAAGACUCGACUUCAAAAAGUUCAACACUCAAUGGCAGGACCUCGUAGCGCGUGGAGUCAGAUUUGUAUACAGGGAAAAUAACAACUCCUUCUCCAACGAUGUAGAACCUGAAUUUAUCACAUUCAGUAAGGAUGAAAAGAUCGCGUAUGUAGGACUACAGGAAAAUAAUGCUGUAGCGGAAGUGGACAUAAUCAACGAAGAAAUUGUUGCCAUUCACCCACUAGGUUACAAAAACUGGACAAACUCAAAGUUAGAUGCCAGUGAUGAAGAUAACGCUGUGAACAUUCGUGCUUGGCCUGUGAUGGGAAUGUACCUAUGUGAUUCUAUCAAGGCGAUCCAUCUAGGGGAUAAGUCUUAUCUACUAACAGCUAACGAAGGUGACACCAAGGACUAUUCUGAUAUUCCGGGGGCUGGAGGUUUCAGUGAACAAUCACGAGUGUCCCAUCUGGCAAUUGCUGAAUCAUCCGAGAUCGCCAAAUGGGCGGAGAGGAAUGGAUUUAACGGAACUCUCCAAAGUAACGAUAAUUUAGGACGCUUGAGUGUCAGUAACUUGGAGGGGAAGGUUGGGAACACAUACGAUGUACUGUACGCUUUCGGAGGAAGAAGUAUGUCAAUUUUUGAUCUUGCUACCUUUGACCUCGUGCACGACACCGGAAGUGAGGUAGAGGAAAUGAUAGCAAUGGAACAUUUACCAAUGUUUAAUGCUGAUGGGAAGCAGAACGAUGAAAUAGUUUCGUCAACAAAAGAUUCAAGAUCUGAUAACAAGGGACCUGAGGUAGAAGGUGUUGAAGCCGCACAGAUUGGUGAUACGACGCUCGUCUUUUUGGGAAUUGAAAGGCCUGGUUUAAUCGCAGUCUACUCAAUAUCUGAUGACAUCACGAGUUUGAAAUUUGAGAGUAUGUGGACUGGUAUUACACGAUCCGAUGAGACUUUUAGUGACUUGUACGAUAAGCGUGCUAUCAGCUCUGUAGAUCCAGAGGAUUUAAGGUUCGUCCCUACACAACACAGCCCUAAUGGUAAACCUUUACUACUGAGCACGGGGACAGUCAGUGGUACGGUGUCCAUCCUUGAAGUUAGGGGUUUAAGUGAAGACGGGAAGACCUUGCCGGACCAUCUCGAUAAACCGGCACAUAGACCUGACUUAGAGUUCCAGCUGGUGGAGUCUAUAGUGUUGGAGGUAACCAUCAACAAUAGGAAAUCGGCCAUCAUAGGAGUAUACAAUCCCCCAUCCAACUCUAAACCAUCUGUGUUUGACGAUUUGACAAUUGGUUUAGAUAGAAUCAGCUCACAUACCAUGUCUUUUAACACUGGACUAAGUGAUUGGCAUAACAUGAUCACUACUGUCUUUAAAGGCCCAAGGGAAAGAAAAGUUUUAGAAGUUUCAAAAACUUUGAUGAAAAAGCUUUUAAUGAUGAUGUUUGCAACAUUCCUUUUCAUUCUACUUUUUGAAGAUGUAGAUGAUAUUUAUUGGGCUCAUGAAAAACUAUUCAUGGAAGUUAUAGAUGAGCAUGCCCCCAUUAAGGAAAAGCAGACUGAAGUGUGUAAUGUUUUAAAUGACUUUUAUGUAAAUGUGGCUAGUGAUAUUGGUGGUGAUGUCGCAGAUGAUGACGACUUCAUUACCAAUAUCAAAAGUCCUGAAAAUAACAUUUUUGAUUUUAAUCCAGUUUCUGCUGUGUAUGUUCACAAAAGAAUAAAGCAGUUAAGUACCAAAAAGGCAACAGGCCUUGAUGGAAUUUCGGCCAGACUACUGAAGGCUUGUAAUAACAGGAUCAGUCAUCCACUCUGCAAUAUGAUCAAUUUCAGUUUCCAAUCCAGUACUUUUCCAAGUCAACUUAAAAUGGCUCAAGUGGUCCCUGUCUAUAAAAAGAAAGAUGCCAUGGAUAAGCAAAAUUACAGGCCUGUCAGUAUCUUGCCAUGUAUCUCAAAAAAGUUUGAAAGGAGUAUGAGUGACCAACUCGUGCAAUACUUCAGUAAUAUUUUUAAUUCCUUUCUAGCCGCCUUUCGACCAGGAUUUGGUUGUCAAUCUACCCUGAUGAGAUUAGCUGAGGAUUGGCGAAAGGCCUUGGAUAACCAGGAGUAUGUCGCCGCCAUACUCAUGGAUCUAUCCAAGGCUUUUGACUGCCUUCCUCAUGAUCUGCUGCUCAGAAAGCUUGAGGUUUAUGGUCUGAGCUCUGGCUCAGUAGACCUGGUCUCUAACUAUUUGAGUGACAGAAUUCAGCAGGUUAGGCUGGGUUCCAAAUGCGGUGACUGGAUAAAAGUGCUGAAAGGUGUCCCUCAAGGCUCAAUCAUGGGUCCUUUACUUUUCAAUAUUUUCAUUAAUGAUAUGUUUUUACAUGUCAAGUCAUCCAACUUAUAUAGUUACGCUGAUGAUAACACCAUCAGUAACUCUAGCAAAGAUCCCCUCACUCUAAAAAAAGCUAUUGAAACAGACUGUUCAAACUUGGUUAAAUGGUUUUACAAGAACCAAAUGAGGGCAAAUCCUGAAAAAUUUCAGGCUCUAUGUCUAUGCACAAGUUCAGCUGCCCAACACUACUACAGAACUUGUAUGGUGACUGCCAGUAGCAGCAGCAGUGGAACAAAACUUGCCACACAGGCAGUGACAAAUUUUGGCACUGAAAUUGGGAUGCCGGACUUAGUUAUAUAG